AGAAGAUGAGGAUGUGAAAAAAAUCUCAGCAUCCUCUCGAAAAAUGAUAUAUUUCACCUGAAGUCUUCUAUGGAUUUAAUUGAUUUUGUUAUUCUAUUGUAAAUAAGGUGUCAACUCCUGAAGUUACAAGACUGCAGCGUGUGAGAAGAACGUGAUACCACUAUCGUGCUAUUGACUCCCUCAUGAACUGUGAUAGGCAGGGAAAGUUCCUUUGUGGUAGUUGAACACACCAGGAAGUCUUUGCAUGAAAAAAGUUAAUAAUUGAUUAGAACAUGAAGUGAAGAUUAUCGUCAUCAAUUGUUGCAUUGAUUUAAAGUGCAAUUUUAUAUUUUGAUAUGGUUAGAACAGAAGUGAAAUAGCAAGUUCACUUAUUUCAUCUAAUAUGAAAUUGAUUGAUAUGAGAAGUGUAAACAACAUUAUAAUGCAAUGGUUCUGAAGUUGGGAACCAAAUAGAUUACUGAUGACUGAUGAGAUUGUGGCUGGUUCCUGCUGGUCAUUUCAUAGAAAUCUCUGAUCACUAACAAUUGACUGUGACCUUGUCAAAAUGCUCACUAGGAAGCAAAGUAUGGGGCGGGAUGCCGUCCCUCUGGCAGACUAUGGUCCAGAUGAAUUAUUAAACGACAGUGCAGACAUUGAAUGGGUGAAUAAAAACUGGGUGCGCUGGGUAUUGCGUGGAUGUGCAUUACUGAGUAUGAUCUCCGUCAGUAUGAAUACACCAGCAACAUUUGUCUCCUAUCCGGAGCUGAAGUAUAUCACAUACGCCGUGGAUCUGGUCAUAACAUUCUUGUUCACAGCAGAGAUGGUGGCCAAGAUUCGAAUAAGAGGUUUAUGGAAGCAUACAGAAGUCCCCUACCUACGAGACCGAUGGUGUCAGUUUGAUGGUGCAAUGGUCUUCUUCCUCUGGGUAUCCGUAAUCCUUCAAUCGUUUGAGCUGCGUGAGACAGAGGAGCCGUCCUACUCCUACCUGGCCAUCCUGAGGUGUCCGAGACCUCUCAUCUUGGUUAGAGUGUUCAGAGUCUUCCUCAAGUUCCAGCUCCCAAAGAAUAGGAUCAACUCCAUCUUGCAGCGCUCGAGUAACCAGAUCUACAAUGUCACCAUCUUCUUCCUGUUCUUCAUGUCUCUCCUUGGCAUCCUUGGUGUCCAGCUGUUCGGACAUCUCAAGCACCACUGUGUAAAGGAGGGUGUCUCUCCAGAGAACGUGACCAUCAAUGACCUCGCCAUCCCCGACGUGUAUUGCUCCAUGGAUAAGAGGUCUGGCUACCAGUGUCCUAAAGGAAUGAAAUGCCUUGCCCUGCAGCUCUCCAAGUAUGAUAGGGGAUUCAAUGGAUUUGAUGAAAUAGCAACGAGUUUCUUCACUGUGUACCAGAGUGCCUCCCAAGAAGGCUGGGUGUUCCUCAUGUAUCGAUCCAUUGACAGCCUGCCCUCGUACUGGGCAUUCAUCUAUUUCAUCUCGCUGAUCUUCUUCCUGGCUUGGAUGGUAAAAAAUGUCUUCAUAGCUGUCAUCAUUGAGACGUUCGCUGAGAUCCGUGUUCACUUCCAGCAGAUGUGGGGCUCACCAAAGUCAGCAUUGGACUCGGAUGCCUCUCAGGUACUUCACGGAGAUGGCAACCAGUGGAAAAUGGUGACCGUCGAUGAGAGCAAACCACGUGGCACAGCGCCUCCUAUGUUCCAGCGGAUCCUCAAAUCAACUGUAUUCCACAGCAUCAUUCUCCUGCUCGUCUUGGCGAACGCGUUCACAAUGGCAAGCGUGCGGUGUGACCCCCACAUAGAGGUCAAGUACGAGGAUAAACUGGAUGCCUACUAUUAUGCUGAGGUGGUGUUCACUGUCCUCUUCGUCAUCGAAGCCAUCUUCAAGAUCUGGUGUCUGGGCUUCUUACGCUACUGGAAACGAUCGCUGCACAAGUUUGAGUUGCUGCUGGCCAUCGGGACGUCACUGCACCUCAUUCCAAGUCUAUACAGGUCAAACAGUCAACUCACAUAUUUCCAGUGUCUGCGUGUGGUCCGCCUCAUCAAGGCUUCACCGAUGUUGGAGGACUUCUGCUUUAAGAUCUUUGGCCCCGUGAAGAAGUUAGGAAGUCUUGUGCUGUUUACCAUGUGUUUGUUGAUUAUCACGUCCAGCAUCAGCUUACAAUUAUUCUGCUUCGUCAAGGACUUCGAGCGGUUUGAUACAUUCCCGCAGGCCUACGUCAGCAUUUUCAAAAUUCUUACCCAAGAAUCGUGGACGGAGGUUAUGGUGGAGACUAUGCAGAAGGUUCACCAACACACCGGUACGCACUACGCCGUAAUACCGGUCGCUGUGUUGUUUGUCACUUACCAUAUGGUUCUCAGUGUGGCCUUCAUGUCCAUGUUUCAAAUCCUGACCCAGAAAGGUUGGGUCGAGGUGAUGCACGUCACCAUGUGGAAAACGGGCGAGCGGUUUGCACCGCUCGUCGCCAUCUAUUUCAUAGGUUAUCACUUGUUUGUUACGCUGAUUGUGCUCAGCUUGUUUGUGGCUGUCAUCCUGGACAACUUGGAGCUCGAUGAGGAUAUCAAGAAGCUGAAACAGCUCAAGGCAAGAGAGGCGAGUGCUGAGACCCAGCAGACGUUACCACUCAGGUUGAGAGUGUUUGAGAAAUUCCCUGAUCGGCCCCAAAUGAUCAGUCUGACAAAGAUUCCAUCAGACUUCAGCUCACCGAAGGUCCGCGACAGCUUCAUGCGACAAUUCGUGGAGCCGAGUGGUGACCUUGACCUUGUGAUGGAUACGAGGAACUCCCAGGAGGAAUUCCCGAAGCUUCGUAAGAAGGAUACGAAUAACCUGCUGUCGUUUAAACCUCAGGAUCGCAAUGGAGAUAUACACCAGAAGAUGUCAGGGGUGUCGGCUAUCAUAAGGGAUUCGAACCGCCAUAAGAUCCUGGGAGGAGAGUCAGCUCAGAUGAUUCCAGGCAAUGUGGGCACCAAGUCACUACUCUCUCAGCAGCAUCAGAUUAGAAUGGACAGGAGUUUGAGUACCCGCGGAUCUUACAAACUUGGAAGGAGCGUACGUCGUCGUAACUCGGGCAGCAUCAAGAUCAAGCAGUAUCAGUCACUGAAGGAAAAUGGUGACAUCGGUACGAUGACGAGCUCGAGACGGACAGAGGAUAUCGACAUCAAGAUCCUGCAGCAGAGGAAACAACAGGCUGAACUCAAACGUAAUCAGCAAGAAGAGGACCUGCGCGAGAACCACCCGUACUUUGACACCCCGUUAUUCGCUGUCGGUCGCGACAGCAGGCUGAGGCGGUUCUGUCAGCUGGUGGUCGAUGCUAAGUACACCCAUAUCAUGCGAGACCCUGUCACGGGGAAGGAGAUCAAGAGCAAAUAUAAACAGUUACACAAACUGUUGGGCCUGGUCACCUACCUCGACUGGGUGAUGAUAAUCAUCACCAUCCUCUCCUCCAUAUCUAUGAUGUUUGAGACGCCCCAUUACAGAGUGGUUGUAAAGAAAGAGCUGAAGGUGGCGGAGUACAGCUUUGUCAUCGCAAUGAGCCUGGAGAUGUCACUCAAGAUCCUGGCCAACGGUUUGUUCUUCACACCUAAGGCAGUGGUCAAGGACUUCGGGGGUGUACUUGAUGUGUUCAUCUAUAUGGUGAGCCUAGUCUUCCUGUGCUGGAUGCCCCAUGCAGUCUCCCCCCAGUCGGGUGCCCAGGCCCUCAUGUUGCUCCGCUGUAUGCGGCCUCUCCGUCUCUUCACACUGGUACCCCAUAUGAGGAAAGUCGUGUUUGAGUUGUGUCGAGGCUUCAGGGAGAUAGUUCUGGUCUCAAUCUUGUUGAUAGUGUUGAUGUUCAUGUUUGCGAGUUACGGUGUCCUACUCUUUGGUGGAAAGCUAGGAAGAUGCAAUGACAGGAAUAUAACUACCAGGGAGGACUGUGUAGGUUACUAUAUGAGGAGAGUGUUUGUCACCAAGCUGAAACUUGGACCAGGAGAGAAUCAGGCUCAUCCAGCUAUAUUGGUGCCCAGGGUCUGGUCCAACCCAAGAAACUUCAACUUUGACAACAUUGCCAAUGCUAUGCUGACGUUGUUUGAGGUGCUGUCUUUGGAGGGCUGGGUUGAUGUGAGAGACAUCAUCAUUGAGAGAGUGGGUGCCGUCCAUGGUAUCUACGUCCACAUCUUUGUUUUCAUCGGCUGUAUGAUCGGUCUCACCCUGUUUGUCGGUGUUGUCAUCGCCAACUACAGCGAGAACAAGGGAACAGCACUCAUGACCGUCGAGCAGAAACGUUGGCUCGACCUGAAAGGCAGGAUUAAACUUGCCCAGCCACUGCAUAUACCGCCGCGGCCGGAAGGGAAAGGGCUGAGGGCGAUCAUGUACGAUAUCACACAGAACAUACUGUUCAAGAGGCUGGUGGCAAUCAUGGUGAUUGCAAACUGUGCCUUGCUUUCUAAACCGUGGACAGUUGAAGAUUCUGACACAUUCAAACUGGCGACGACGUCUGCUGUGUUUACGCUGCUCUUCCUGAUGGAGGUGGUCAUGAAGAUGAUGGCACUCACUCCCCGCGGAUACUGGCAGAGUCGUCGCAAUCGCUUUGAUCUCAUGGUCACCAUGUUUGGUGUUGUAUGGAUCGUUCUACACUUUAGUUUAGCUUUCAAAGAGUACCUACGCGUCAUCAGUAACUACAUCGGUCUGAUCAUCAUCAUCCUCAGGUUGUUUACCAUCACUGGGAAACAUGCGACCCUGAAGAUGUUGAUGUUGACAGUCAUCAUGUCCGUCUUGAAGAGUUUCUUCAUCAUCAUGGGCAUGUUCUUCCUCAUGCUGUUCUAUGCCUUUGCUGGAGUCAUCCUUUUCGGCUGCGUCAAGUUCGGAGAGAAUCUAGGGCGACACGCGAACUUCCAGACAGCUUCUAAUGCGGUGAUGCUUUUAUUCCGCAUCGUAACCGGAGAGGAUUGGAAUAAGAUCAUGCAUGACUGUAUGAUCAGUCCACCAUAUUGCACAAAAGGUCCAAACUUCUGGGACUCUGACUGUGGCAACUUCUCAGCAUCCGUGGUCUACUUCAUCACGUUCUACGUCAUCAUCACUUAUAUCGUACUCAAUCUACUUGUGGCUAUCAUCAUGGAGAACUUCUCGCUGUUCUACUCCAAUGAAGAAGACGCCCUGCUCAGCUACAACGAUAUCAGACAAUAUCAAAACACGUGGAACUUACUCGAUAUCAACAGAAAGGGAGUGAUACCUGUACGGAGAGUCAAGUUCGUCCUGCGGCUCUUGAAAGGUCGUCUGGAGGUUGACCUGGAGAGGGACCGUCUGCUCUUCAAGCACAUGUGUUAUGAGAUCGAGAAACUACACAACGGCAAUGAUGUCACCUUCCAUGACGUCCUCAGUAUGUUGGCGUAUCGCUCCGUGGACAUCAGGAAGAGUCUCCAGCUGGAAGAGUUGCUGGCACGAGAGGAGCUUGAGUACACGAUAGAGGAGGAGGUGGCCAAACAGACAAUCAGGAACUGGUUGGACAAGUGUCUCAAGAGGAUCAGGGCCAAAGAGCAUUCUAAUCUGAUAACGAACCUCCGUGCGACCAAUGAACCUCUCUUCACCGUCACUGAGCAUGCUCAGAUGCCUAACGAGGCCAAGGAAGACGGGAAGGAGGAAGCGGCCGCUACAACAAGAACCAGGAAGAAAUUGGAGAGGAAUCCGAGCGCUCCAACACCUGGCAUGCUACAGGAAGCUGAGGUGACAUCGGAGGGGCCUCCGUCACCCAAAGCCCCGCAUUCUCCAAAAGUGCCCACAAAAUUAGGUGCCAGUGGAAAGUGGGCGCGGUUGAAAUCGGUCUACCGCCAAAAAAGAAAAUUGGCACCAAGCCGGAAAUAUCUCGCUCCGACGUUGAGUGAUGGAGCACUGAGAACAGACAAGGAGAGAACGGGACUGAAGAAAAGGAACACGAGGAUUGCACAAGGAGGCAAGGGUCUGGCUAACGUGACUGAAGGCAUGGAGGUCACAACACCACCUGAUGUGAGCAAGGCAGCAAUCUCGUCAUUCAGCCAACCGACCAGUGAUGUCACCGCCGAGGUGAAGGAUUGGUGGAAGGAACAGAUGAACUACAACAGCGGCUCCGACUCUGAUAGUAAUUGAUUGUGUUUUAAUCAGGUUUACAUGUGAGCAUUUUGAAAUAAGAGUGCAAUCUUGAAGGUUCUGAUUCAAAGUAACUGUUGUGAUCUCUAAAUGUUAAGCUCAUUGGAAGCUCGAGGCAAACUACAGGGUUCCUGUGUAUUUUCACACCAUUAGGUUAACUGACUUGUCAUGACCUAAUGCACUGGGGGGGGGGGGGGGGCUAUGAGAAAAUCAUAAAUUACUGAUAGAUGUCGGAAAUUGUUAGUAACUCUUGACACUGUGAUUUGGUCAGAAUUCGGAUUGUUGAGGUAAAACAAAUGUGUGAUUGCUCAGUUAUAAAUGGUACGAUUUAUUAUAAAAUCUAGUCACAAGAGAAUACAUGACAGAUUAAGUUUAUGAAUGUUAGCACGGAAUACAUGUAUCUAAAGGUGAUGCGACUUGUUUCAAGGUGAUUUCAUUACUGUAAAUAUCAUUAGAAAUCACCAUUUUGACCUGAAGUCGAUUAAAUACACCUGUUUGGACGAAGUUCAGGUUUUUGCAAAGGAUCCAUGUUGUUUCUGAGUGAAUGUUAUCAAUUGUUUACUAAUAGAGACUAUGGGAUGUUUUAUGGUGCAUACUGUUAACUGGCUGUGUACUGAAUUGAAAUAGACACAGAUUUCCUAAAUGUCUAUUGAUUUGUGAUUUGUUGAAGUUUGGUCUUGAUUGAUUGGAAAUCAGGUCAUAUACUGUGUUGAUUCUAUUGAGCCAGUUAAGAGGCACCUGUACAAGAGACCUAUUUUACAUGUAAUAGGAAACAGAUGCACCUCAGUUGGCUUAAUAGUGUUGACACAGUAAUUCUGUUAUAAUUGAUAAUUACCAAAUAACUUCUUUGUUCGAUACAGGUCGCCCAAUGGAAUUAGAUGUCAUUGCAGCUUUAACUUAUUGUAAAUAUAUUUGUUGUGGAGAUAUGUGUGUAUGAAUGGUGCUAGUUGACAAGUAAGGAUGGAUAACCAGGUAUUGAUGUCACUUUGUAAAGGACCAGAACUAUACGUUAACAGACCGUGAUGAUGAUUAAGGCGUGUGUACAAGACGUCAUCCUCUCAGUGUGUCUCCCCCUGUGGUCUUGGUCACAAUCUGGUGUUCCUUUCAUUUUACAACACAACACGAACCAGUCAUGGUCCCAACCUUUCAUCGGAAUGUAAAACUUGUCUGAUAAUUAGCGAGAUUGUUCUAUAUUUAGUAAGACAUCGAUAUAAAUUUUAUUAUCAAAAUUAAUAUAUAUUGUUGUUGACUGUACAUAAGAGAUUUGUAUGUCAGAAAUAAAUGAAAGCAGAUAAAUCUGAUAUAACUGUGUUUUUCAUGUCUAUGCAUUAUUGGAGAUACGGAGCUUGUUUUGUUGAUGCAGUAGCAAAGUUGAAUGAUACUUCUUUCUCUACUAUACAUGUACAGGGUUGGCGCGCCCGUUUGCAUUUGAUCAAAGUUUAUCAAAAAGAUCCACUUCCACACCAAAUGCACCAAGGAACGAUCGUU